CGCCUUGUCAAUAAAUGCGAUUGCACCGUCUCAACACUCUCCGGCAUUAACUCCUCCCCCUUCUUCCUCCUCCGCCCUUCCCCUUCCAUGGCCGCCGCCCAGCUCCUCUUCCCAAAGUUCUCUCCUUCUCUCCGCCGCCUCUAGAUCUCUACCCUUCAGAAAAAACCUCCCGAAACUUCGCCGUUUCUAUCAGAAGCACAACACACAGGGAGGCCAGGAUCGAUCGACAUAUAAUUACAUAAGGUUCUCAUCUUAGAUCUCUCGAUCCCUGCCGGCCUGCAAAGUUCCUCUCUCUGGGCUUGCUUGUUCAUAGAUCUGCUGCUACUCGUGUGCUGUUGUUGCUUGGCAAGCAAGAUAUAUACAUCUCUUUCUCUCCAUAUAUAGGACUAGCAGUACUUGUUUGUUUUGGCUGAGAGAAAGAGAGAAGAUGCAUGUAUGUAUGUGAAGAAAUGGAAGGUCUGGCAGGAAGAAGGCGAGAGCUUGCUAGGGUUUCAGAGAUAGUUUGCUAAAAAGAGAGAGUAUCAUGAUGAUCCCGGUGAGGCACAUGCCGUCGUCGAUGAUCGGCCGGAGCAGCGCCGCCUACGGAUCGUCCUCAUCGGCACUCUCACUCGGUCAGCCAAACUUGUUGGACAGCAAUCACCAGCAGCUCCACCACCAUCAGGCGCUCCUGAAUCACCAGAUCCCGGCGCCGGCGAUGGCGGAGAGCAGCGACAAUAGCGGCAGGAGGAGCAUGGUCCGGCGGCGGUCCGAGCCGCUGGGCGAGGACUUCGAGAGCAGGUCCGGCAGCGAGAACGUGGACGGCGACGGCGUGGAGGACGAGCUGCAGCAGCAGGCUGACCCCAACAAGCGCCCCCGCAAGCAGAACCGCUACCACCGCCAUACCCAGCACCAGAUCCAGGAGAUGGAAGCUUUCUACAAGGAGUGUCAGCACCCGGACGACAAGCAGCGCAAGGAGCUGAGCCGGGAGCUCGGGCUGGAGCCGCUGCAGGUCAAGUUUUGGUUCCAGAACAAGAGGACCCAGACGAAGAACCAGCAAGAGCGGCACGAGAACUCGCAGCUGCGCGGGGAGAACGACAAGCUGCGUGCUGAGAACAUGCGUUACAAGGAGGCCCUGAGCAGCGCCUCCUGCCCCAGCUGCGGCGGCCCCGCCGCCCUCGGCGAGAUGUCCUUCGACGAGCACCACCUCCGCCUCGAGAACGCCCGCCUCCGCGACGAGAUCGACAGGAUCUCGGCGAUCGCGGCCAAGUACGUGGGCAAGCCGGCGGUGCCGUUCCCGGUGCUCUCCAACCCUCUGGCCGCCGUGGGGGCUUACGGGCACCACCACCUGGGCGCCGACAUGUUUGGAGAGCUGCAGCAGCCGAUGAGGCCCACCGGCGGCGCCGGCGACCAGAACAAGGGAGUGGUGGUGGAGCUGGCCGUGGCGGCCAUGGAGGAGCUGCUGCGGAUGACACGGCUGAACGAGCCGCUGUGGGCCGGGCCCGGCGUCGCGGGGCCCAUGGAGACGCUCAACGAGGAGGAGUACGCCAGGAUGUUCGGCGGCCCACGCGGUGGUGGGCUCGGGCCCAAGCAGUACGGGCAGCUCGUCUCUGAGGCGUCCCGGGAAUCAGCUGUUGUUAUCCUGACCCCUGCUAACCUCGUCGAGAUCCUCAUGGACGUCAAUCAGUAUGCGGCGGUGUUCUCGAGCAUCGUGUCGAGGGCGGCCACGCUGGAGGUGCUGUCCACAGGCGUUGCUGGCUGCUACGAUGGUGCACUGCAAGUGAUGUCGGUGGAGUUCCAGGUGCCAUCGCCGCUGGUGCCAACGAGGGAGAGCUACUUCGUGAGGUACUGCAAGCAGAACUCUGACGGGACAUGGGCCGUCGUCGACGUCUCCCUCGACACCCUUCAAGGGAUCAAGUGCCGGCGCAGGCCGUCCGGGUGCCUCAUCCAGGAGGCGCCCAAUGGCUAUUCAAAGGUGACAUGGGUGGAGCAUGUGGAGGUGGACGACAGGUCGGUGCACAACAUCUACAAGCUGCUGGUGAACUCCGGCCUGGCCUUCGGCGCGCGCAGGUGGGUCGGCGCGCUCGGCCGCCAGUGCGAGCGCCUUGCCAGCGUCAUGGCCAGCAACAUCCCCAACAGCGACAUCGGAGUGAUCACCAGCUCAGAGGGGAAGAAGAGCAUGCUUAAGCUGGCGGAGAGGAUGGUUGCGAGCUUCUGCGGUGGCGUUACGGCCUCCGUGGCACACCAGUGGACCAGGCUGUCUGGGAGCGGCGCCGAGGACGUCAGGGUCAUGACGAGGCAGAGUGUCGACGACCCCGGGAGGCCACCUGGCAUCGUCCUCAACGCUGCCACCUCCUUCUGGCUCCCCGUACCCCCUAAGCGUGUCUUUGACUUCCUCCGCGACGAGACCUCUCGCAGCCAGUGGGACAUCCUCUCCAAUGGCGGCGUCGUUCAAGAAAUGGCUCACAUCGCCAAUGGCCGCGAUCAUGGCAACUGCGUGUCUCUCCUUCGCGUCAAUAGCACCAACUCCAACCAAAGCAACAUGCUGAUCCUGCAAGAGAGCUGCACGGACGCGUCGGGCUCCUAUGUCAUCUAUGCCCCCGUUGACAUCGUGGCCAUGAACGUCGUCCUCAACGGCGGCGACCCGGACUAUGUUGCGCUCCUGCCGUCCGGCUUCGCCAUCCUGCCAGACGGGCCAGCCGGCAACAUCCAUACCGGGGGAGGGCCCUCCGUCAGUGAUGGUGGUGUCGGCUCCGGUGGGUCUCUCCUGACAGUGGCGUUCCAGAUCCUCGUCGACUCCGUCCCCACCGCCAAGCUGUCGCUCGGGUCGGUGGCGACAGUGAACAGCCUCAUCGCCUGCACCGUGGAGCGCAUCAAGGCUGCUGUCUCCGGCGAAAGCUCGCCGCAGUAGCCUUUGUUUCCAAUGUUUGUAUCAGAGGAGCAGCAAAAUUUUGGAGCUUUCAUCAGUGGGAAGUCAAGAACGCACCUCAGACUCUCCUUGCCAUGUGGUGCUCAUGGAUUUGGGCGAUUGUUCCCCGCGAAUUCGACCGGGGUACUCCGACAAGUGGUGAUUAGGUUCUUCAUUGCAAAAAUUUGCGAAAAGAUGUGUCACCACUACGCAAGGGCGGUUGGUUCGGGUAUUGACUUCCUCUUCGUGUUGGCCUCUCGGAUGCUGCUACUUCUGGGUUUUAGGGUUCUUCAUGUAGUACAAAAACCGUGAUUUUUCAGUCUGUAAUUUGUGCUGUCGUUGUUGCUGCUGCUUCUGUUGUUCAGACUUUCCAGUGACUUGAGCUGCAGAAUAGAGAUUUGGAUCUGUCUUCCUGUUGCUUUGGGUUUAAUUUUGUAGCGCCUCUGGUUAUCGAUCAUCAUUUGAAUCCCAAAUUUAAUGUUGUGAUGUGCUUGCUCUC